CCUCCCAUCGAAUCCCCGUUCAAUGCUCCACACGGCAUGACGAGGAAGCAUGGCAGCCUGGUGCACGACGAAGAGAUCAAUUCCGCCGCGUGGGCGGCUACACGAGGUGCCGUCGUAGGAGCUGCAAAAUGGGGUAUCUUCUCCGCUGCUGCGGCGGCGGUAGCGUUCCAAUUCAGUCCCGUGUAUCGAGGCUUGACGGUGCAAUUUAAAGUGUUUCUGCAAAUGUCCGGCAUGGCGAUUGGGAGCAUGAUUGAGGCGGAUAAACGGCUGCGCGCGCACGAGUUGCAUGUUCGGCAUUAUAAGCGGGUGGUGAGGGAUGCGGAGGUUUGGAGGCGAUAUGAGCAGGACUACCAUGGGACUAGUAGUAAGGAGAUUGAGACUGCAGAUGAGUGAACAAACGAAUAUAGACAGGGAAGAAGGGAGUGUAUAUACACUGCCGAUAAAAGACUGUACAAUAAUGUACGCGACUUGGAAUGAAACACACAAAUCAAUCGCA